AGCCCAGAAAAAUAGCGUUUCCGGAGGCACCGGAUGUUACGACACACGACUUUGACUUCGAGUCUGCUGCAGCAUUUCCCCACCAGCUCUACUGACCUUCCUCCUGCAGUUAAGCCAACUCAAAAAAUGGCAGGCCGUAUGUUCGCAAACUGGUGGUCCAAGAUGGGCCCAUACUACACAAAGGCAUACCAGGAGAUGUGGGUGGGAAUGGGCCUCAUGACAUUCGCAUACUACAAAAUCUCUUAUGGCGGAAAGAAGGCUGUUAAGCCUGCCCACUAAGGCUUUCCAAUGUAAUGAACCAUCCAUCUGGCUGUGAAGACUUCCCCCACUGCUCAAUUCCCACCUAAUGUUUAUUUUAGACAAAUAAAGUUCUUUGUCAACAUGAAA